AUGAGAGAUCUACAGCCCCAGAAAGCCACCGAGAAGAGUGUGUCGAGCGAGCUGAACAUGAAGGAGCGUCGAAAGAAUCCGUCCUCAUUGCGCGAGAAGUACCUGUAUUUCAAACGCAACAUCACCGUCGAACCGAUGCUCGCCUGUUACAUUAUGCCGAGUGUACUGGCCGGUUUGGCCACACAGAACCUUAACCUGGAGAAGGCUUGCCGGGUGAACCUGGCCUAUGGCGAUGAGGUGUGUGAUGCCCUAACACGCCGCGAUACCGCCAACUACACGCACGAGGAAGAAAUGGUCCAGCAUCUGGUGGCUCGUAUGGCUGGUUGGAAAACGGUGCUACAAAGCGCACUUCCAUGCCUGUUGAUUCUGUUCUGGGGUUCAUGGAGCGAUCGACACGGUCGCCGGAAACCGUGCAUGCUGAUACCGAUCAUUGGCGAGUUUAUGACGGCCAUCGGGUUGAUUCUGUGCACGUACUUCGAGUCGGUGCCCAUGGAGGUGGCCGGCAUAACGGAAGCUCUGUUUCCCGCUCUGACCGGUGGCUGGUUUACGAUGUUCAUGGGUGUCUUCAGCUACAUCGCCGAUGUGACGACAACCGAGGAGCGUACACUGCGUAUUGGCAUCGUAAACCUAUGCUUUUCCCUCGGCGUACCCAUCGGGAUGGCCUUCAGUGGAAUCCUUUUAAAACAUAUAGGGUUUUAUGGCGUGUUUUCGAUCUCGGCCAGCCUGUACCUGCUGGCGUUCUUCUACGGUGCGUUCGUGGUGAAGGAGGUGAACAUCACCAGCGAGAAGGAGCGGCUGAAGGCGCAGGACAAGGGACUGCUGGCGGACUUCUUCGAUCGCGAGCACGUGCUGGAGACAUUUCGCGUGGCGUUCAAAGUAGGCGAGCGACAGCGCCGGUUGCGCGUGAUCAUGCUCAUGAUCGUGGUUAUGGUUGUGAUUGGUCCACUGCACGGAGAGAUGGCGGUAAUUUACCUAUUCACACGGUACCGGUUCAACUGGAGUGAGGUGGAGUUUAGCUUCUUCUCCACGUACGGUAUGCUGACGGGGCUGAUUGGGACCGUGUUUUCUGUGGGUGUUUUUUCACACUUGCUCAAAAUAGACGAUGCGCUGAUUGGUGUGAUGUCCUGCAUGUCGAAGAUACUGUCCAGCUUCGUAUAUGCAUUUGCCGUCACCACUUGGCAGCUGUACUUGGGUCCAAUCAUUGAAAUGCUCAACGGCACGUCGUUCAUUUCCAUGCGCUCGAUCGCUUCUAAGCUCGUUGCAAGUGACGAACUCGGCAAAGUAAACUCGCUGUUUGGUGUCGCCGAGGCGCUGAUGCCACUCGUUUACGCCCCAAUGUAUACUACGGUCUACUCACUCACGAUCAACGUGCUGCCGGGGGCAUUUUUCCUGCUCGGUGGCGCACUCACCUCGCCGGCCGUUGUAAUUUUCCUCUGGAUGUAUCGCGUGCAUAAACGCGAGGCCCGUGAGCUAGCGGAUGAAAAACGUGCGGAAGAUAAGUAUCGGCAAAUGGGCGACGGUGGCGAGAUCAACGGCACACGUACGAUCGCAACGCAUCAGUCGGAACGCAUGAAGCCAUCAACGGGGUACGGCACGGGAAUCGUGAAUGCGGCCUUCGAGGAGGAUUGCGUGGUGACGGGAAAAAAGAACCAACCGGUCCUAACGAUUGUGGACCAGUCCAAACUGUGAUAUUCGCUGGUUUAUACGGCUAGAGGCAAGUGUAGCAUGUAGCAAUUACAGGUGUAAAUA